CAGCAGCCGUGAAUUUUGAACCCCGCUUCCAGUCAGAUCUACUCUUGCUUUCAUCUUUAGAGAUUCCAAGUAGCCAAGUAAAGAUACGAAAUACAAGCCAAUAUCAUUUGGUAUCAGGACCUGGACAUGGAUCAAAGAUUGAAAGAGCUUGAGAUUCAAGUCCGCUCUCUUGUUUCUGGUCAACAACAAAUUUUGGACAAGUUUUCUGAGCUCUCUUAUACGCGCAACUCUAAAACUAUCCGUGAUCACGAGGAUGAUGCUAAUGGCGGACGGCACUGCAGCACCAACAAGAAUACGAAAGGGACCAAUUCGAGUGGAUUGCAGCCAUCCUACUAUCCAAGCUUGCACAUGGAAGGGGAGUGUGAGAAGGCCUAUAAAUCUGUGUUCAUAGUGGCACAACAUUUUGGAAGACUAUAUGAAGGUGUGUUAUAUGAAGUAAAAAUCGAACAAGGAUCAGGAGCAAUUAUAGGGGGAAGACCAGGCAGAGCACUCGUGGGUGAAGAAGAUCGAACCCCAUUGCUUAAUCCUGUAAACAAGAUCUUUGGUGAGAGCGAUAUGGUUAAGCCGUACAGUUGUCGUUUGGUGGCUCUGAGGUUCAAUGGAUUGUCCAAGUUAUAUAUGUUGUUAACUGCUCGCGAUGUCCUUAGGCACAGCCUUAGGUCCGCCACCACUGCCCCCACGAAACCGGACUUGAAGGGACGUAUUUUCGACACAGAGACCAAGUCAUUCUAUACAUUUACGCACCCCAAAUCAUUUAACCGAAGGUCAACUUUGAUGUCGGCGUAUAACAAGCUUUAUCAUCUUGGAAUUGCAGAUUCUUGGUGAAACUAAUACAUGGACCACUGGAAAAGAGAUACAAACGGAAAGGACACUGCAAGCUCGGGAUCAAGCCCAGGACCAAGCGCACGUCUAGAAAAUCCUUUGGCCUCUGUUUGAAGAGAGGCCUCAUCACUUUGGGCAAACUCUGAAGUUCUGAAGUUGAUUUGGAAUUUGGCAAUCACACGCUUCAUGCUCCUGAAGUUGGAUUUGUGACAUUAGAUGAGAAUGACUAAGAGUUAAAAGAAUUGGGUUUUACUAUUUUUAACUAUUUUACUGCUGCUGCUAAUGUAUCCAGCAGCAGAGGAGUUUAAUCACCAGCUGCUUUUCUUUAUCCUAUCAUUCUGUCUGGACUACUUGUAGUAUUAAUUAGCAUCUGGAUAUAUCUUAAUGUGGUCUGUAAAUUUACCUAUGUACUAUUAGUAUCAGCUUUGAAAUAGUUUGUUAGGCUUAGGAGUUGACCAUGUAGUGUUUAUUUAUGGAAGAAUAGGUGGAUUUGUGGCGUUUAUGGUGGGAGGUUGUAUAAU